CUCACUCCCCCAGAAUCGUCCCCCCGUCUCAUAGCUCAAAUUCGCCCAGUAAUGGAGGAGGAAAACAAAACAAUGUUCAAAAUUUUCUCAACCCCCGAAAGAAAAUCCUGAUCCCUAAUUUCGAUCUCCGAUCCCUCCUUCAACCCUCGAACGAUGCAGAAGGCAGCUCAGGGCUGGUUCUCCGGCGGUCCGAGCAGCUCGACAUCCGUCGACGACGCCGGUGGAGGGUUCGACAUCGAGGCCGCCGUCAAGUCCGCCAACGACAAGGUCGCCGGCACCUUCAGCGUUGUUUCUAAGGGUAUGAAGGAACUGCCUGGGAGCUUCAAGACUGCUACUAGCACUGUUCCCUCUGGAAAGUCUCUUAUGUAUUUUGGCUUGCUUCUUGCCAGCGGUAUCUUCUUCAUUUUCAUUGCUUUUACAGUUUUCCUUCCUGCCAUGGUGUUGGUGCCCCAGAAAUUUGCUAUCUGUUUUACCCUCGGAUGUGCCAUGAUAGUUGGCUCAUUCUUCGCUCUUAAAGGUCCCAGGAAUCAGCUUGCCCACAUGCUUUCAAAAGAGAGAAUUCCUUUCACAUUAGUAUUCCUCGGAAGCAUGGUGGGUACCGUCUAUGUGUCCAUGGUUCUUCACAGUUAUAUUCUCUCUGUUGUUUUCUCUGGGCUUCAGGUUCUUGCUCUAGCAUAUUAUGCAAUUUCAUAUUUCCCUGGAGGUGCCGCUGGAUUGAAGUUUCUGUCGUCAACGACGACCUCCACAGUUCUGAGGUGCUUUGGGAGGUGAACCUUGCUGUGUAUAAAUGCUUUCUCCAACUUCACGGCCUGCGUUAAGAGAAUUUCAGCAGCAUAUACACUAGCAUUCUGAUCUUUAGCUGUCUUGGGUACUAACCUUGUGGAAUGUAAGGGUACUCUUGAGGAUCUUGGUCUCAAACUCUUGAGAUUGAAGUUGGUAUCAUUUUUUUACGCAUAAAAAGAUUUUUUUUUUUUCAAGAGCAACUUCAUUUCUUCUUGUAUUAUAUAGUAUAUAAUUAAAUGAUAUGUUUUGUUGGUCGAUACUUGAAGCAGUACU